AUGAACGCUCCAGCUGCAUUCGAAUCAUUCCUGAUUUUUGACGGAGAGAGGAAGAUAUCAGUCGAAAAUGACACGAAGGUUCCAAAUGCUGCUGUGUUCACAAUCAAUAAGGAAGAUCACACUCUGGGGAAUAUGCUAAAGCAAUAUGCGCGGGUUCAAACAACCGGACAAACUACUCCAGCAGAUGCUCUGAUCAACGCGAUUACUGAUCUUAUUGCUGAGCUUUCACUGUUUGAAGAAAGAUUCCGGGAAGCGGCUGAAGGAAAGAAGAAGAUGAAUGAGACAAUAUAUUAG